GUCCACGUAAGUUGGCGUUGGAUUGUUGUUAGGUGAUCUUAGAUCAAUGUGUGGCGUCUUGCCGGUCCCAGCCCAGCUCACACUCUGUUCCUUGUGUUGGCAUUUUACGUUGCAGCCAUUCUUCUGCUGCAGAUAUAUAAUGGCUUAAAUCGUAAUGCUGGUGUAACACUGAUUAUCAAUAAUGGAGAAGGUAUCAGAACCCAGAAGUAAAAAGAACCAAAGAAAUUUAAAACGCAAUUAGAAUCUUCUCGAUUCUCGUGAGUACAAUCCCCGGAAGUUCAAGUGUUUGCUUAAAGUAAUAUUAUUAAAUUUAUAAAAGAGAUUGGUCCGUGGUGGUAAUUCAGGAUCGAUAAGCAGAUCCUUAACCGGAGGCAAUUAUGAUUUCUGGAUACGGAAAUUAAACAAAACUUGUAGGCAGGAGCAGCGGAGAAAUCUACAAGCAGAAGCAGUUAGGAUUUGCAAAGCAGAUUAAGGAGUAGUUGUGUGUGAAUCAUUCCCAAAAGCGUGCGUGAGGUUUGUUUGCAGUUGCAGGUAAAAUAUAUUUUCAAGCCAAACUCCAUAAUCUAUUCCCUUACAAAUACCAAACCCAAAAAUAGUAUCCUCCUUGGGAAAAUAAUAGUAACACAAAUACCAGGGAAUUGAGAGUAUGGAUUUGGAUUUGGCGUGUUGGAGUGGAACUAGUCAAAACUCACCAGCUAAUACCUCAAAACCAAGACCCUCCCUUUGAAAGAUACAAAAACGUGGGUGGAAGCCAUUGGAAUAACCUCAUGGUCAUUCCCCAGUUUUGACAUUACAUAAAUGAAAUAAACCCUUUUUUGUUUUUUGGGGGUAGAAAUUAGAAAACUCUCUAUCAUUUGGUUUUUGUGUGAUCUUUUUAGUUUUGCUGUUUUUGUUUUAAAUUUCGGUCUUUUCCUUCGGCUGACUCUGCUGUGCAUUCUUUUUGCUUUUCUACCUCCCCUGCUACUGCUACUACAGUUGUUUUCACAUUGAUAUAUGUAUAUAUAUAUUUGGUAAGGUACAUUGGUUUCUUUGGCUCAUGAAACGAGGCUGAGGUCCUACCCUUUUCGGUUGAGGUCCUCUCCCAAUUUUGCCUUUUGGCUUCAUUUGCAGUUCUCUUUUUUUGCCUUCCACGUUCCUUCCCUUGAUUCAGAGAUUUUACAAGGAUUCGACCUUUCACCGUUCCCUCUUUGAAGAAAACAAAAUGAGCAGCUCUCCCAAUUAUGUUUGCUGCCAUAGAAAUAGACUACUUGUUGUCUUGCUGUUCCUCCUGGUUUCAAGCUUGACCCAAGUUACAUUCAUGGCUGCUGAAGGAAGGUCUCUUUCCAGGUUGCUUGAAGUAGCUCAGAAAGAAAUUGAAGAAGAAGAUAAGCCAUAUAUGAUGAGAAGUCUGAUAGGGUCAAGGCCACCAAGGUGUGAGAGAAAGUGCAGUUCUUGGCCCAACUGUGAAGCAAUUCAAGUUCCUGUCACAACACUAUUCAAAAACCGUAGAGACCGCCAUUUCUCAGCUGCAUUGUUCUCAAUAUCUUUCUCUAGAGGAGAUGACAUCUCAAAUUACAAGCCCAUGAGCUGGAAAUGCAAGUGUGGGAACCUGAUUUGUAACCCUUGAUUUGAAGUAAAAAAAAAAAAAAAAAACAGCAUUGUAAAGCUACAUUUUGUUUGAGUUUGAGGUUGACGGUAACAUUUUUAUUUUGCCGUUUAUUUCAUGUUCCUUCUCCUAAUGCAAGAUCAUAGCUUUCGCUA